GGUCGGACGCGCAGUGAUCCCUCGCCCCGCGACACCCUGGCUAUGGCAGCCCCGCCGCAGCUCCGAGGUCUGCUGCUGGCAGUCAACGCGCUGUUGCGUAAGCGUCGCUACCACGCCGCGUUGGCCGUGCUGAAAGGCUUCCGGAACGGGGCAGUCUAUGGAGCCAAAAUCCGGGCCCCUCAUGCACUGGUCAUGACCUUCCUCUUCCGGAGUGGCAGCCUCCGGGAGAAGCUUCGGGUCAUCCUGCAGAACACGUACACCCACUCUUUUAACCUGGCCCUCUUCGUGUUCACCUACAAGGGGCUCUGCGCCCUGCAGUCCUACCUGCAAGGCGAGACCUACCAGGUGCACUCAUUCCUGGCUGCCUUCAUCGGGGGUUUGCUGGUGUUUAGUGAGAACAGUAACGUCAACAGCCAGAUCAACAUGUACCUGUUGUCACGCGUCCUGUUUGCCCUCUGCCGCCUGGGAAUGGAGAAGGGCUACAUUCCUGAACCCAGGUGGGACCCAUACCCAUUGUUCGCCGGGACAGUAUGGGGGCUGGUGCUGUGGCUCUUUGAGUACCACCGGCACUCGCUGCAGCCCUCACUGCAGUCUUCCAUGACCUACCUGUACGAGGACAGCAAUGUGUGGCACGACAUCUCAGACUUCCUCAUCUACAACAAGAGCCGUCCCUCGAAGUAGCACAGCCCUGAAGUGCUUGUGGGGACUUCUACCCGUGUAGGCUCUGGACCAUGUUCAGCUGUGGCUUGAGAUUGGCUCCAUCAGUGAAACCUCUCAGAGGAUCCUGCUUUCUCAAGAUCAUGGCUCUCAGACUCCAACUUUUAUUAUCCCUGGGUUCCACUGUCCAAAGCAAAAGCACCAAUUUUCAAAUCCCAUUAGGUACUCUUGAAUGGUGGAACAAGAGGCCGAAUCAGGCUGAGGAGUCUUGGGCAUGGUUCUAGCUGUACUGCUAACUUCUGUGAGACCAGGGCAAGUCACCUCCCCUCUCUAAGCCUCAGGGGACAUGUAGCUCAGUGCAGAGCCCUGAAAUCUCUUUCUGGUGGGUAUGUCCUUUUGACUAUUCUUAUGCUGGUGGGCAGUGGGUUUGCAAAUACGUUUUUACAAAUUAUUAAGUUCCUUGUCUCGAGUGUUCUAUUGGAGAAGAUCUAGAGUCCCACUGUCCAAAGAAAUAUAAUGGCAGUCAUAUAUGUAAUUGAAAUUUUUCUAGCAGUCACAUUAAAAAAGAGUGGAAAGAA